AUGCCCGUCAAUGAGGUAUGGGUUAAGCAGCAGAGCCAGCACUCCAAGUGGAACUUGAGGGCUUGGACCUGUCAAGAGGCAGCCUUAUCAAUGAGGAGAUCCCACUUUACCGGCCACUUUGCCCUUUUGGAGACUGGCAACGGAGGAGAAAGCUACAUCAAAGGCCUUCCAGAUCCAGUAUGCCCAACGAACGGGUCUAUAUGGGAUGGCUUACUACUAUAUAGGUCAUAUGCGAUCCCAUAUGCGGCAAUUUAUGCAAAACGAGAGCUUGCUUUCGAGGCGGACGCCUUUAGCGCAUAA